GGAUGUUUCUUCAACUGUCUUGUUGAUGGAAGGGAGAUAUUUUUGAAGUUAUAAUGGAUUUUACGCAACAUCAUAACGAAAACUGGCCUAGUAGCAGCAUUUCUGUUUGAAGAGAAUAAGCAUAGUUACAAAUAAUCAUGACAACUUCUCAUAUGAACGGACAUAUCGCAGAAGAUUCGGACAGUGAAGCAAAAAAUGUGGAUCUUGCAUCUUCUGAGGAACCUCAGAAGCACAGAGAAAUGGCUGUUGAUUGCCCUGGGGAUUUGGGCUCCAGGAUGAUGCCCAUGCGGCGGAGUGCUCAACUGGAGCGAAUCCGUCAGCAGCAGGAGGACAUAAGGCGCAGACGGGAAGAAGAGGGAAAGAAACAAGAACUGGACCUUACUGCUUCCAUGAGGCUAAAGAAACUAGCACAAAUUCCUCCUAAAACUGGAAUAGAUAAUCCAAUAUUUGACACAGAAGAAGGCAUUGUUUUGGAGAGCCCUCAUUAUACUGUGAAGACACUAGAAGUGGAAGAACUGUUAACUUCUCUUAAGCAUAUCCAGCACGUUUUGGUAGACCCUCAGAGCCAAGAGGAUAUCUCUCUCAUUUUACAGCUUGUUCAAAAUACUGAUUUUCAGAAUGCAUUUAAGAUACACAAUGCUGUUACAGUGCACAUGAACAAAGCCAGCCCUCCAUAUCCUCUCAUCUCCAAUGCACAAGAACUAGCGCAAGAG